AUGCAUUCCAACAAGAGUAUUGCGAGUUUUCAGCAAUUCGCUAGCGGAAAGUGGAAUUUCGGCUCCCGUGUAGCAGCGUCAACAAAGCGCCCGUCGCCAUGGCGGCACACCUAUUCGACCUCGGUGUCAAAAUCAAAUCAAGGCGAGAAGGAUCCACAGAGAAACAAACAUUUCAUCUAUGAGAAUCGCUCGCAGCAGAAUGUUCGACAAUCAGAAAAACAGACACCACCUACCAGCACCGCACAGCAGCAGAGACCGAGACCUUUAGAUGGUAUCACAGUUAUUGCUCUUGAGCAGGUGAUAGCCGGUCCAUAUUGCACUCGCCAACUAGCUGAGAUGGGAGCUCGAGUAGUUAAAAUUGAACGGCCCGGAAAAGGUGACUUUGCACGAUCUUAUGACAGCCGAGCUGCUGGGCUGUCUUCUCACUUCGCGUGGACGAAUCGCUCAAAACAAAGUCUUGCGCUGGAUAUCAAGAAAGAGGAAGAUAUAACUUUGCUAAAGAGGCUGAUAACUAAAGCGGAUGUCUUCCUGCAGAAUCUCGCCCCAGGAGCUGCUCAUCGGUUGGGACUGAGCUAUGAAGAGUUGCGCAAGACGAAUGAGAGACUGAUUGUGUGUGAUAUUUCUGGUUAUGGAGCCGAUGGGCCCUACAAGAAUAGAAAGGCUUAUGAUUUGCUUAUUCAAGCAGAGGCCGGUGUACUCAGUGUGACUGGGACAGAAGUCACGCCUUCAAAAAUGGGUGCAUCUAUCGCAGACAUAGCCGCAGGCAUGUAUGCUUAUAGCAAUAUCAUGGCUGCGUUGCUGGUGCGAGCCAAGUCAGGGAAGGGGUGCAAAAUUGAUGUCAGCAUGUUAGAGUGCAUGGUUGAAUGGAUGGGCUUCCCGCUAUAUUAUGCAUACGAUGGAGCCAGUCCACCACCAAGAGCAGGCGCCUCACACGCCAGUAUCUACCCCUACGGUCCUUUCGAAGCAAAAGACGGAACUGUAAUGCUCGGCCUACAAAACGAGCGAGAAUGGGCCAGCUUCUGCACCAAAGUCCUCGAGAAACCAUCCCUCACAACGGAUCCUCGCUUCGCGGGCUCCAACGCUCGAUCAGAAAACAGAGCGGAACUCAAAAAGAUCGUCGAAGACGUGUUCGCAAGCAUGAAUACCGAUGAAGUAGUGCAGAGACUUGAUGCUGCGGCAAUUGGGAAUGCUAAGGUCAAUGACAUGAAAGCUGUGUGGCACCAUCCGCAGCUGCAAGAGCGAAAAAGGUGGACCGAGAUUAGAACGGAGAUGGGGAAGAUGAGAGUUAGUAUUCCGCCAGCUAUUCCGAGUAACGUCGAUCCAAUCAUUGGGCCCGUGCCGAGGGUUGGAGCUCAUAACGAGAAGAUCUUGAGAGAGCUUGAGGAGGGGAGUUUUGGGAAGAAGCAUUACCAACAUCCACGUAUAUGA